AUGCCUGCUGCAAAAAGUAAGUGCAGUAUAAUGUUAGAUGAAACUACGGCCAAAGAAAUAAGUUUGAUUAUGAAAUCAAACGACACAGUUAAGAGAAGGGUUGACGAUAUAUCUGAAAAUGUGCACUCCCAAUUAAUUUCACGUUUAAAAUCUACGGAAAUGCUCGCAUUACAACUAGAUGAGAGUACAGAUUUUACUGAUAAAUCUCACUUGCUAGCUUUUGUCCGUUACGAACCCGAAAAAUAUGUCAUUGAAGAUCUGUUAUUUUGGAAAGAAGUAAUACAUAACAAUGCAAAUGAUGUAUUUGAAGUUCUUAAUAAUUGUAUUUUAAAAAAUGAACUAGAUUGGAAUAAAUGUGUAGGGUUAACUACUGAUGGAGCUGGAGCGAUGGCGGGUCAUAAAACUGGAUUGAUGGCUCGGGUGAUGCAAGUAGCGCGGAACGUCAGGUGGACACACUGUUCAAUACAUAGAGAGGCUCUGGCAGUGAAGAAAAUGUCAACUGAGCUUAAAACUGUAUUUGACGAACUCGUCAAAAUUGUCAACUACAUUAAGUCUCGACCCUUGAACUCUCGCAUUUUUACCAAGCUAUGUCAAGAAAUGGGAAGUGAACACGAACAGCUAUUUUUACACACAGAGAUUCGCUGGCUUUCUCGAGGAAACGUUCUUACACGUUUUUUCGAACUAGCUGAUGAAGUAAGAAUAUUGCUUUGUGAUGGUACACACAAAAAGUUCAUCUUAAGAGAAAAACUUAAUGACUUUUCGUGGCUCUGCAAAAUUGUGUACUUGGUAGAUUUUUUUACACAUUUGAAUGUUUUGAACUUAAAGCUGCAAGGACCUGAUACUAAUAUAUUCGUAGUAGAAGACAAAAUCGGAGCAAUGAUUGAAAAACUAAAGCUGUGGUUAAAUCGAGUUGAAAGAAAGUCUUACACAUCAUUGCCUGUGUUACAACAAUUUCUAACCAAAUCAGAAGACAGUCUACCUGUUGAGAUUCAAGACAUGAUUGUCGAACAUAUGACAGACUUAGCGAGUGCUGUGAGAAAGUAUUUUCCUGCACCAGAUAAAAACAGUGACUGUAUGAGCCACCCUUUCAAACAACAAGAUAUUGCCAGCCUUACUAUCCUCUCUGAAAAUGAACAAGAUCAACUGGUAGAUUUGUCUUGCAGUAGAGCUUGGGAAAUAAUCUUCAAAGAAGAAAAUGAUUAA